AUGAAUAAUGAUAAACCAAAACCAUUAACAAUGGAUGACGAUGGUGACAUUAAAACUGUCGCCCCUCCUUCAUCAGUGAUUGGUGGUGUUAGUAGUAGAAGACCUACAUCAACUCUUUCAAGAAGUGGUAGUGGUAUAAAUAAUAGCAGUAGUGUUGAUGUUAAAAAGACAACAACAACUUCUUCAUCUUCUUCUACAAGGUCAUCUUCUUUAUCCACUUCGUCCUCUUCAACUACGUCAACUGCCACAAGACCAAAAUCAACAAUUAUUCCAUCUUCAUCAUCCUCCUCUUCUUCCUCUUCUUCAUCUUCUUCAUCAUCGUCAUCAUCAUCUACACAAUCAAAAAGACCACCAGUUUUAGUUAGAAAAUCACAGAGUAGUCUUUUAGUGAAUGGUAGUGCAAAACCAAAAUCAUCAUCAUCUUCAUCAUCAUCAUCCUCCUCCUCCUCCUCUUCAACAUCAAAAGCAAAAACAAGUGGAGAUCAAAAAGUAACAAAUACAUCAGAUACAGUAGAGUUGGAGAAAUCAUUAAAUAAUAAUGCAUCAUUCAAAGAGUUUGACCCUGAAGUAUCACCAGAAUUUGAAAGAGUGGUGUCAGAUUUCAUAAUUUUAGAUGAGGAUGACCAAGAUUCUACUCCACCACCAUAUAUUGAUAGUGGAAAUAAUAAUACAACAACAGCAACAACUACAGAAGAUGUUGAUGCAUUAUAUAAAGAACAAUUCUUACUUAGACAACAACAAUCGAUUUUUGAUCAAAUUUUAAGACAAAGACAAUUAGAACAACAAAUUAUUCAACAACAACAAGAGCAACAACAACAAGAUCAACAAGAUCAACAACAACAAGAUCAACAACAAGAACCACAAGAACAACAACACAUCGAACAAGAACAACCAGGAUUAAGUACAGAAUUUAUGAAACAACAACAAGCUAUAUAUGAUGAGAUUCAAAGAGAAAGACAACAAAAUAUCAUUGAAAAACCAAAAGAAGAAGAACAACAAGAAGAAGAGGAAGUAAUUGAAGAAAUUGUUAAGCCACAACCACCAAUUGUUGAACUUAAAAAGACUUCUUCUUGGAUGUCAUCAUUUUUUACAAAAGUUUUACCAUCUUUAUCUACAAAUACCUCAUCAUCAUCAUCAUCAUCAUCAUCAUCAUCAUCAUCAUCAUCAUCAUCAUCAUCAUCAUCAUCAUCAUCAUCAUCAUCAUCAUCAUCAUCAUCAUCAUCAUCAUCAUCAUCAUCAUCAUCUAAUAUCGCGACUAUGACCUCAGCAUCAACUACAACAACAUCAACAAUAUCGGCAGCAACCAUUAAUAAUGGUGUUGGUAUAACGACGACGACAACAACAGCAACAAUAUCGAAUUUAGAAUCAUCUACGUCUUCAUCAUCAUCAUCAUUUACACAAAUCAAUUCAUCAACAUCGACAUUAACUUCACCAUCAAUUUUAUCAACAUCUUCAGCAUCAAAUAUAUCAUUACCAUUAUCAAGUAGUGGUGGAAUUGGAUAUAGUAUCGUUGGUGGUGAUAAUAAUAAUAAUAAUAAUAAUAAUAAUAAUAAUAAUAAUAAUAAUAAUAAUAAUAAUAAUAAUAAUUAUGAUGAUGAUGAUACUAAUAAUACUAUAAUCAAUAAUAAUAAUAAAGGAUUGAAAAGGUUACCACCACCACAAAUUGUACAUUCACAAUCAUUUCAACAUCCACAUCAUUUACAAAAACAACAACAACAACAACAACAAAGUUUUCAAUCAUUUUCUACAUUUUCUUCAUUUCAACAAAAUAUAGUACCAAAUAAUAUUGGAUAUUAUAAUAGUAAUAUGAAUAAUAAUAAUCAAUCAAUGAUAAUGAAUAAUAUGAUGUUACCACAUAACCAAGCUGGUGGAUUAGCAUUGCUUCCAUUUACAAUUACAACUAAUAUGGCAUUAACUAUAUUUCAAAAAUGGUAUAAAUCAUUAUGGUUUGCACCAACUGAUUUUAAAGAAAAGUUAGAAGAAACAUUAAAGAUGGAACAAUAUUUUAUACCCUAUUAUGCUUUCUCUGUAAUUGUACAUUCAGUUCAUUCUGGUAAAGUUGGUUUCUUAAAACAUUCACCACCACCAUCAUCAUCAUCAUCAUCACAAUCAACUUCACCAAUGUUAAUGAAUCAACCCAAUAAUAGUAAUAAUAAUAAUGAUAAUAUGGUUGUAGUUGUUCAAAAAGAUCAAAGUGUAAAAAUGGUUGAAGAAGAAGAAAUUGAAUGGAGUAUUGGUCAAACUAAUAGAUAUUCACAAACUCAUAAUGAUAUAUUAGUUUAUUCACCAGAUAGACCAGAUGAUAAAUUAUUACAACAUCCAAAUCAACCACAUCAUCACCAUCAUCAUCAUUUACCAUCCUAUGAAUAUAUUAAAGAAAUUAAUCAAUGGAGAUUAGAAUCAAGUGAACCAUUUCAUCAUCAACAUCCACAAUUAUUAAAUCCAAUUACUGAUCAAUUCUUUCAGUUUGUACAACAGCAACAACAACAACAACAACAACAAUUACAAAUGUAUAAUCAACAACAACAACAUCAACAACAACAACAACAACAAAAUUUUAAAGGUUCAUUACAUUUAAUGGAUAAUCAAAAUAUACAAUCAAAUUUAAAUGGUGGUGAAAAACCUAAAGUAGCAGAUAAAAUGAAUUGGGAGAAAGCAUGGUUAUUGGCAGAGAUGAAAAUUAAAAAGAAUGAAGCCUAUGGUAAUGAUUCAAAAUUGAAAAAGGAUUAUCAAGCACAUACAGUUGCAGAGGUUGAAACUAAAUCUGAUUUUGAAAAUAUUAAAUAUCGUACUAUUUACGUACCAAUGUACAAGUUAACCUAUCAUUAUAAUAAUAGGGAUUAUAUGUUUGUUAUUAAUGGUCAAAAUGGUAAAAGUCAUGGUAUUAGACCCUAUGGUGCAGGUUCAAUCAAGAAUACAGCAAUUAAAUUCUUUACAGGUGGAUUUGUAUCAUCAGUUGAGAAACCAACAAAUACUUUAAAAACUGAAAAUAAAUUAACUGGUAAUGGGUUGGUGUUGGGUGAAGAUUUAAAUCAACAAGAUAUCUAUUACAAUGAAGAUGAAGAACAAGUUCAAUUAUACAAUAAUGAACUCUAUUAUCUUCUAUUACCAAGUUCUGAUCAAUUUUUAUUAUAUCAAAUGGUUGGUUAUAUAGUUUUAAAAAAUAAUGCUACCACUGGUGAUAUAGUUUUAGAAUCUCAUAAAAGAAUGAGUGAACAUAUUGGUGGUCAAGUAACUUUAACUCCUGGUGAAACUCAAACUUUCUCUUAUAAAGGAACUUGGUGUAUAGAAAUUAAAUCUGGUGAUCAUAAUCAACUUCAAGUAAUUAGAAUUGAAACAAAUGGUGGUAGUGAUAAACCAUCUGGUGAUCUUUCAAUGUAA